AGCCGUUCAGGCCCCAUUCCUCUCCCUGGCCCCAGGGGCCGGCGGGCUGCCAUGGCCUCCUCCCAGGGGUCCCAGGGGUCCGUCGCGGACCCAGUCGUGUGGGUCACGGGCUCGUCGCAGGAGGACCAAGACUUCGACCGACAGGCCGUGCGCGCCUCGUGGACCAGGGAGCCAAUCUGCACCUCGAUCAUCAUAGUUUUCUGGCAGAGGUACCUCUGCGAGCUGGCUGCGGCGACUCAGGGCGAGUGCGCGCCGUCGCUCUCUGGCCUCGACCUUAUCCUGCAGUGGAUGCCGCUCAAGGCCGACAGGGGGCUGCCCGGUGACCUGCUGGGCGUGCUCAGGAGCAGGGGCUGGGCCUGCGUGUCCCAGGUGCCCCGCGUCUUCCGGCCGGCCCUCAUCCUGCAGCAGGCGCCCGCGCCUGCGGCCUGCAGGGCGCUGCUGGCCGCGGCCUCGCCCCAGCCGGCGGGGCCGGCGGCGCUUACGACGCCGGGCAGCGGCCCCAGCUGCUGCAGCGACUUCGCCACCGGCUGCGGCGGCUGCGGCGGCGAGGGUGGGCUCCGCACUGGCUGCGGCGGCGGCUGAGCACGCUUCAGAGGAGGACAAGGAACCGAUCAAGUUGUGACAAAGGAGGACAAGGAGUAAUUCUCAGGCUUCAAGUUGUGAGCAAAAUCGCGACGUCGGAGUCACAGGAAGGAACCGAUACUGCCACCCUUCCCCGUCGUUCUGGCCUUCUUGGGCAUCCUGGGAGGCCCUCGUCGCCAGGGCUGGAUUCUCUUCGAAAUCCUGGUCAGGGCGCACCCCGUGAGAGGCCCGGGGAGCAGGGGCAUCGGCACCCGGUGUGUCCCCCUAGUGUGGCUCGGCGGCGGAGGCCCAGGUCUCCAGCGAGGUGCUUUUGCAGUCUGGGCGCCUGUCCUCGAUCUCAGCCUCCAGGGCCAGUUCUCGGGCCCCUGGGCCAUCAAACACUGGCUCCGGGGCGAGAGGCUGGGGAAGCCGGCUGGACCUCCUUGGGGCCGCGGUUUGAAAAAAGCAUGGCGGCGGGUGUCUGGGAGAGCGGACAGCCCAGGGGCGGGCAUUGCACGUGUUCGCCAGGGAGCCUCGUCGAAGGCACGGGCGAUGGGAGCCCCUGGAUACAUCCAGUGCUGCCUCUGGGGGUGUCCGCCCCAGUUGCGGCCGUCGAGCGUGUGGCUGGAGCGAGGGAGGGCAGAGCCUGAAAAUUGCACGUCCGGGUGCGGAAUGCGCCUGCGGUGCGGAAUUCGACUGCGGCGAGUAGGGUCCUGGUAUCUAUGUGCGUAUCCGUGUCCCGUCCUCCACCUGUGGCCCGUCGCGCCCCCCUCUCUCGUCUUCCCCUCUCCAGCGUCCAUCUCCGUGCAUGCAGCCAUGGCGAGGCGGUGGAUCGCUCCAGUAGUAGCAUCUCGCCGAGCACUGACAGCACCAUGGCGUGUUUGAGGAGAGGCGUAAGACCCCUCGUCUUUCCGUCGCUCAUGCUAGCGCCGUGCUCGGUGUGAAGUUGCUUCGGCCUCGUAGCAGGCGGCCGUAGGUUCGGGCUGCCAUCCGGCACGCCAUGGUGCCGAGCGCCAGUUGGCGAGGCCGCGCCGCACCGCCGGGCAGGGCGGGCGCGCUUCAACGGACAAUGACGUGUCAAUGUGACCCAGACGUGGUUCGGCCUCCUCCGCCUCCGCUUCCUCCUCCUCCUCCUCCUCCUCCU